UAAACCAUAUUAUCACAUAUUUUUUCUUCCAUGAGUCAAUUUCUAAGUGCAAACUGCGAAGAAAACAAUAACAAAGUAGUGCAAGUUCCUACUGCUUAAAGAAAUAUAGGUAAUAUAAUGUUUUGCAGCUGUUGGCGCGGAGGAGAAUAUAAUAAUAAUAAAUAAUGUAUAAUUCCAUAUACAAAGUGCACUUUUAAAAGAAAGAACGAACAAAAUAAUAUCACACCAUUCGAUGACGAAGGAGACGAAGAAACAUCAAACAGCAGCUGUGUAGUGUGUUAACGCGCACAUAUUAGGUACCUACUGAAAAAUUGUUUGAUCUCAGUGAUCGUAUUAGUGUACUAAUAGAAUAUUCGUUAAUGCGUUUCGAGUUUUUUAAUCAAUUAAUGAAUAGUUAGCUUUAUAUUUGCCACUGUACCAAAAAUGAUUUGCCAUUCUAUAGUCUGUGAUAAUCAUUUCUAUUACCUAAUACUUGUUUCUUAAUUAGUCAAAUAGAAUCGGUUGAUUAACCAUCUACAUCCAUCUAAAUGAAAUUCCCAUUUUUAUUUGAAACAAAAGUAAUGCAAUAACUAACAUAAACCUGUGACUUUUGGACUUCCGAGAUAUUUGUCUUAAGUGAGUGUAUUUGAAAUAUUUGUAUUUUAUUUUCCUUAAAUAGGAAUUGGUAACUUCAUGUUUGUAAACACAGAUUGGCCUGAUCUAGGCAAUAUUAUUUAAAAUACCUGAGAGAAUUUUUAAAUAAAGGAUUAUUGCCUUUUUACCAACAUUCCAACAGGUGAAGAUUAUUACAAGUUUUCCUUGCAGUUUUAUUACAAUUAUUUUGUAAGAUUUUAAAGACCUAAUUGUAAUGUUUCAUGUUAUUAAUUUGAAAUGUGUUAUUUUGAUACUUCUUAUUUUUCUUUUUUAGGUGAGAAGACAUAUGAUCAAAAAUGGAUCCAAUGGCUCUAGUAACACAAUACAAUUUACUUCAGAAUGCCCCCCCCGAAGAAUCAAAACUUGCUACUUAUAUGGUAUGUAUGAUAUAAAACAAUUGUAUGUAUCAAUAUUUAUUCAAAUGUUAGGUUUAUAUAUUUUAAAAGAUUUUUAUGGUAUACCUACCUAAAUACUACCCACCUACUUUUUCACAAGAAAAAUAAAAUUUGACCUCAAUUUUCUAAAGUAAAGGAAAGACAAAUGUGUAGUUAAUUAUCAAGUUUAUUAAACCAUGAAGUAUUGUUGAGUAUGACAUGAAGUUAUACUACUAAUUUAAUAAUAAUUAAUUAAUACAUUCAAAUAGUUAAUCUAAAAACUAGGUACAUUAAUUUGUAGACAUUUAUUACUAAUUUUACUAAGGUUUCUUAGGAGAAAAUUGUUCUUAUUUAUCCAACUUUGAUUAAUCUUCACCUAAUUUGUUAGUAUUAAUAAUUUGUCAUUAUGUCUAUAACUUAGAAUUAUUUUUUAAUUUAAUUUUAGUUUUAAUGUCAAGCUUAAUCUAAUGAUACAACAACUAAGGUUGUUAAAAGGUAAACUUUUACUAAGGUUUUAUUUUGUUAUCAAAUAAUAAUGCAGGUUCAUUAGAUUACAUUUAUAAUUUCAUUAUAAUUAUUUUUUCUCGCAACUUAAGACAUUUUUAUUUUUUGUAUAUAAAAUUAAAGCAUCUUAUUGUUUGGCAAAAUUGAUCAUAAACAGGUAUUUAGAUAACUUGAACAUAUUUUCAAAAAUUAUAUCUUAUCACUAGAUUAAUUGUUACAUGUAACAUGUAAAAUUUUGGGGGGUCUAUUAAAAUCAGGAAAGUAUUUUAAUAUUUGUUAGGAUCAAUAUUUUAUUGAAAACAAGAAUAAAUAGUUUGAUAACAAAACAAACCGUUGGCACAUCAUCAUUUAUUCCAUAAUCACAUUUAAAAUACACUGUUAUAAAAUCAAUGUAAAUAAAACAUAAAAUUAUCUGAUAGUUCUGUAUCUGUACAAUAUUUAAAUUUACAAUACUCAAUGUACUAAUAUUUUAUUAAUUAGCCAUGUAUUUUCACAUACUUUAAAUCUCAAAGUAUUUGACUUUUAACUAUAUUUAAUAUUCAUGUAUAUAUUUCUAUAAAAAUGUUAUCACUUGUCACAUACCUAGCAAAUGUCUUAUCGAUUUUUACCUUUUAUUACCUUUUUGCCAAAAAAAUAUUCCUACUUAAUAUCAUUCCAAGCAAAUUUGUUUGUGACCCUUAAAAUUUGAACUAAAAUAUGACUAUAUAUUGCAUGUAUAGGUACAGAAAAUGUUGGGUGUUGAAUAUUCUUAAACUACAUAAUAAAUAAUUACUAUUUAAACUGUAACUAACACUUCAUGGAGAAUUUAAAUUUUGUUUUCCAAAUAAAACUUUUAUUUCUAUUGUCCUUAAAUUAUUUUAUUCCUAAUUAUAAUUUAAUUAUUUGUAUGAAUGUUGACUUAGUAUAGGUACAUUUACCAACUACAUAUUUUUUAUGCUUGAAAGUAUCAUUUUAAUAAUUUUUUUUUAUAGAAACGUCAAAAUAAUAUAUCUCCACAGACAACAUUGUUUCAAUCAUUAUCAAAAAGUUUUUCAAAUUUAGAAAUUAACCAAUCAUCUGUAUCUAUGAAAAAGGUUAGUUAAUACAUAUUUAAAAUAUAUUUUAUCUAAUUCUACUAAUUUGCUAUAUUUUGAAUUAGUAUUCUUAGAGUAAAUGAUACAUAGAGUUUGUUGUAUGAUGGACUUUAUUAAUUGCAUCAAUACCAAUGUAACCUUAGCAAUAUUUUAUUGACUCAAAGUCAAUAAUUAAGGAACACCAAUAUCUUUAUUAGUUUUUAGGUUUAAAAUGUAUUUAUUUAUAGUUCAUUUUGGUUCUUAGUUCAUUGGUCACAUUAAAAUUAUUCAAUUGUGUUCGCCAUACAUAGAUCACUGCCUCUAUACAUAUUAUAUACUCUAAGAUACACUUAUAUUUUUAAUAGAUGUUAUCAUAAAUACAUUUGUUUUAAAGCACUACGUUAAUUUGAUUAUAAACACAGAAUAUAAAAAUUAAAAAUGUUCGCAAUUAUGCACAUGUUGUGAUAGGCAGUUGACAAUUUUCAGACAUCUAUACCAACUGUUGAUUUCGUACCUAGAAAUCUAGUUAGUUCAUUAAAUAUUCCUGAUGGUUCUUCAAUAUACACUAAAGACAAAUCUCAGCCUAUACAAGCAUAUCAGGUAGAUAGUAUUAUUUUAUAAUUAUUUAUAUUAGUUUUUUAAUAUUUGAAAAAUAUGUAUUAAUCAUUACUGUAUAGUAAAUUAUAAAUAUAUUAUUAUUAUUAUUUAAUCUGUAAUAGAAAAAUGUCAAUGGUACAACAUAUUUCUAUCCACCAGACUCUAAUGGUACUAAUCAACCAAAUGGUAACGUUUUUGAUGAUCCCUCUGGAUAUUUGUCAAUGCCGUCUGUUGAAUCACCAACUGCUUCACUAUAUGCCCAGGAUGACUUAAGAAGAGAUUUGUUGCAUAGAAAUGCAUUGUCUAUGGCUUCACCUGAUUCAGAUAGAUGGCCAGGUACAUAAUAUUUUUAAUUGCAUAGUAGUAAAUAGUAAUGAUACUUAUUUUAUUUAAUCUUAUAAUUUCGGUCUACUUAUUUAUUAGUGAAAAUCACAAGUUUAUAUUUUUGAUAUUUAUUUGUAUAUGCUUAAGUUUUAUGCAUAAUUUAUAAUAGACUCUUAAAUCAUUGCCUUAUGGUGAUAAUAUAAUAUGAAAAUAAUAACAACAUAGUUUUAUAUAAAUUUAACGUUUUUCUUAUUGACAUUUAUUUUAGAUUUACCAGAAAAUGUUGAAGAUUAUCAUGAUGUUUAUCCUUUAGAUAUAUUUGGUCACUCUUCUAAAAUAUUGACAUAUAGUACAUCUACUUAUCGAGCAACACAUUCCAAAACAGGAGAGAAAUGUUGUUUAAAACGAAUUCAUGGUAAAAUUCAAUAAUCAAAUAUCAUUUUAUGAAUGCAAAAGUUUUUGUGAGAUUUAAGCUUAAAGCUUACAUGAUUUUACUAUUUUAAGAUUGUACUCUUAAUAUUUUAUUAUCAAAAUGAAAUAACAUUGAAUUGUGUGUAUUACAGGUUUUCGACAAACAAUCACAAAAUAUGCUCCAUUAAUUGAAGCUUGGAAAAAGAUCAAUCACCCAAAUAUAGUUCAAUUAAAGGAUAUAUUUAUAACAAAAGCUUUUAAUGACAGUUGUGAGUAACUUGUAUCGUUAUAACUUUGUUACUUAUAAUUUAUUUAAAAAUUAAUUUUAUUUUGAUUUUUUCAGCCUUAAUAUUUAUUUAUAAUUAUCAUCCCGAUUCUGAGUCCUUACAAACACGACAUUUCAAUUCUCAUGAAACGUUGAAUGGUUAUAAUGAUCCAUUUAGUUCAGAUCCAAAUGCACCGCGACCUUAUAGUCACACAAAAAAUGCUAUUUUACGACAUCAGCAUAGGUAAAUACUAAUUAGUAAUGAUAAUAAUGUUAAUUAUAACAAGUUUUAAUUAAGUUUUAUGUUGAGUCAUCAGUAUAAUAAUACAGUAUUACUAAUACUAGUAUUAUUAAUACAAUAACUAUGAAAUUAAUAAAACAAAAGUAUAAUGUAUAAAUUUAAUAAUGCUUUUCCUUCAAAUUUUCUCAUUGAGUUCAGUUAGAUAUUUUAAACAUUUGUCAUAAAUCAACAAAUUAUAAAGUAGUGUUCUGUAAAAGGAUGUAAGCAACAUUACUUUCAAAUAUAUUUAUAUAUUUUAAUUUUAUUACUAGAGUUUUGUACUUCCUGGGAAUAUUGUUAGGUAUGUUCUAUAAAAAUAUUAAUUGUUUAUUCAUUAUUUUAUUUGAAACAGGUCGACUUUAUUCUAUAAAACUAUAAAUUGUACAUGUUUUGAAAGGCCGUAAUAUUUACAAUUUUCAUCAAAAUUUGAUAUUUAAUUUCUUAUUACAAAUUUAUUCUACAUUACACUAUUUUUAUUUCAUUAUCUUUUUUUUUACCCUAAAGUAACAAUCCUUCUGUCAAAUUUUCAAGCAUUUCCAUUUGUUCUAACAAUUUUAUCCAUAUUGUACCUGCUGAAUAUAAAUUAUGCAAAAAACUUGCAUAAUGUAAAUAUUUAUAAAUAGCUCAAAAAUGGUUAAAAUGUUUUGGACAUUUUACCAUGUCUAGAUAAGGUCUUUGCUAAUUUUAAGUCUACAAAAAUUAUUAACCAAAUCAUAAUAAACAAACAAAAGAUGUCCUUAGAUAAUGGGCAAAGGUCCAGCCAUUGAGAAGUUGGAAAGGAAGGAUACAGAAUGGAAUUUAAUAUAUAUCUGUAAGCAACAAUAAACCAUUGCUAAUGAAAAAUCGAUUCUGAGUAGUGUUCAGUUGACAGAGGUACUUUGUCAACAAUAUAUUUGUCCCAUCGUACGAAAAUUCUGUAUAUAUAUUUAGAAAGUGUACAUAAUUACAAUUCGAAUCGUGUAUAUAUAUAUAUAUAUUAAUCAAUUUGAAUUCUAUUAUAAAACCCAAUCAAUUAAUUUGAAGAAUGAAUCAUUAAGAGGUUUCAUUAAAGACUUUAUGACACUAUUCUGAUAAACAAACACCAGUUUUAAACCCUUUCUCACAGAAAUUAAUUUGUGUAACCAUGCCAUGCCAUACCCUACCAAACCAUAACUUGAACAGGAUGGUUGCCUCGUUGAACGGGCAAAACCUUUUCUUUGGCCUCUAAUAAUGACUGCAUAUACCCUAUCAUUCUGCUUGUUGUAUUUUUCUUCAACGAUGAAUAUUUUUUCAUCUGUGAAUAAAAAUGUUUUAAAUUUUUUUGAGUCUAUCUGCUUUUUUGAUGUUUUGAGUCUUAUUUUUUUUAAUUGGUCCUUCAACAAAUUGCUUGUACAUCGCUUGUAUGCACGUAUACCUAAAUCAUUUCAAAUUAUGUGAGAAACCGAUCAUGUGUUGAUUUUCAUUUUUCGUGCAACAGUUUUCUGUUUCCGUAACAGAAUUCAAUUGAUUUUUGAACGAAUGUCUUCAAUCGCCUUUUUCGUCAAAAGAGAACGAGAACAACUUAUUCUAGCACGAUAAACAAUAUCAUCAAUAUCAGAGUAACAUUCGAUAGUCUGAUACACAAAUUGUUCAUUCAUUUUAAGAAGAAAGUUGCAAGAAAACGAAAAUUUGUGACGCCCAUUUUUCCUAAUUAAACAAACUAAUUUUGGCAAUACGCGUGUGAUAAUCUUCCCACUGCAUUGUUAGUACGGGUACUGCGGAAAUUGCUGUGAUUAGCCCAUGACACGUAUUAUCGUGCACUUAUAAUGUUUCCACUGUUGUAAAUUAAAAUGCUCUUUAACUACAGGGUACUGACAGAAUUUAUAUUAAGACUAGGUGGAUUGUACAAAUUGUUAUAUUUAUUUUUGUAACAAUAAUUAAUACUAAUGUUUAAAAAAAUAUGUUAUUACAUAAUAUAUGAAUGUAUAUUUAAUGAGUUUAAGUUAAUAUUAUUAAAUUUGUCAUUUUAUCUACUUCUAUAGUGCUAUAAAACUAUAUUUAAUUUAUUAUUCUUGGUUUAAAACAUUCAAAUAUAAUGUGUUAUCAUUUUCACUUUUAAAUUUUGUUAUUUUAUUAUUACUUUAUAUUUACAUAAGUUUACUUGUUUAUUAAUUUAAAUUUCAAUAUUUGUUUUGUUUAACUAUUAUUAUAAUUAGUAUCUGAAUUUUUUUUUUUUUUUUUUAUUCUAAAAAUUACAGUUGAUGUCAGUGUAAGUAUAAACUAAAAUAACAUUGAUAUCAGUUUUACUGUUUAUGAGAAAAAAACAGUUUAUUGUUUAGAUUGGAAGAGUUAUCAAUUUAUAAUUUAAUUCCUUACUUCUCUGGUCUAAACUUUAAAAAAAUUAUAACUUAUAAAUAGUAAAAAUGAUAUUAUCAUAGACCUCAUUACAGGAUAGCUAGGGUUAGCAAUUGCUACCUCACUAUUUUCAUCGUAGGUGCAAAUUAAUAGCUACAAUAUUUCCUUACCACUAUAUACUACCCCUACCUAUUAGUAAUUUUUUUUAAAAAAAAUAUAAUUUGAUUGUUUUUUUUCAUAACACGAUCACACAAAUUUGAAACAAAUAUAAAGGUCAGUCAACUAAUAUAUUACUUAUAUUUCUAAAUUUAUUAAAUAUUUUAGAUUCUGAGCGGAACAAGGAAUGUUUUGAUCUUACAAUAAUAUUUUAUUUUUUUUCAUUUGUGAACAAUUUUUCUACCAGAAAUUUGACUCAAAUUUUUAAAUGUAGCACCUUUUCUGAAAAGAAAUUAAACUGAGGUGGUUAUUUAUGAAGAUCAGAUGAUUUUCACAAGGGUUUUCAUAAUAAAUGUGAAAACCCUAGAAAUACCUUAGUAAUAACUAAAAAAAUUGUAAAUAUAGCCUUGCAAAACAUUUAUAAUUGAAAUCUGCUCAGAAUUUUUUUUUUUUUAGCAAUGAUUAAUUGUUGUGUACACACAAAUUUCCCUCUACCUUCCCUAUUUCUCACCUAUAACAGUAGUCCACUCAUAGUGUGAAGUAUAUCCCUAUUUUCUUCUUAUUUCUAAUGAACUUCCAACUAAUGAAGUGUGAGACUUCAUCAGAUCAUAACUGAUUUAAAAAUAUUAUUCAAGAUGUUUUCUUCUACCCUAUGAUUUUUAAGCAUAUCUUAAUAAACAAAAACUAUUUUAUUUCAGUAAUGGAUUAUUGUCCGAAAAUACGUUAUGGAAUUAUACAAUUCAACUUAGUGGAGCACUUCGUGUAAUACAUGGAUCUGGUUUAGCAUUACGAAGUCUUUGUCUAAAUAGGGUUUUAGUGACCGGCAAUGUAAACUCCAGAGCUAGAUUGCGAAUUAAUUGUGUUGCCAUAAUGGAUAUUUUGUUAAAUGACAUGGCCAGUCCAAAUAUUAUUGCUUUUCAAGUUAGUUAAAGUUCUUGUUUGCUAAAAUUAAUAUUAUACUGAUGUGAGUUAAAAAUUUUAGCAGGAAGAUAUGUCAGACUUUGGAAAACUUUUAUUAGCAUUAGCUUGUCGAUCUCUGAUAGCUGUACAUCAAGACAAUCUUUUAACUUCAAUUGAUCUAAUGGCUCGCUCAUAUAGUAGUGAUAUUCGUCAUUUGAUAAGGUCUUAUUUCUGAAUUCAUGACCAAGACUUAACGUUAGAUAUUAUUGUUUUUUAAUAUUUUUCCUAGGUAUUUACUGGGUAGUCAAAGGCGGCAUAUUACAGACUUAAUGCCUAUGAUUGGUGCAAGAUUUUAUACUCAAUUGGAUGCUGUGCAAAAUCACUCAGACAAUUUAGAAACCGAGCUAUCCAAAGAAAUGGAGAAUGGGCGUUUAUUGAGAUUAUUGGUGAAACUUGGAUCGAUUAAUGAACGACCAGAGUAUUGAAUUUAUUUAAAUUUCAUUUUAUAAUUUAAAUUUUUUUAACCAUUAAAUUUUAUUUGUAGGUUUAACUUGGAUCCUGCUUGGUCAGAAACUGGUGAUCGAUAUAUGUUGAAAUUAUUCAGGGACUAUCUAUUUCAUCAAGUGACUGAAGAAGGACGCCCAUGGUUAGAUAUGUCUCAUAUAGUACAGACACUUAACAAACUUGAUUCUGGAUCUUCAGAUACAGUUAGUUAUAUCUAUAAAUAUAAUCAAUUUUAUUUUUCAUUAUUUGAAAUUAAUAAUAUAUUUGUUUAGAUUUGUUUGUAUUCACGUGAUGAAAAAACCAUAUUAGUGGUUAGCUAUCAAGAAUUAAAACAAUGUUUAGAACAGUCAUUUUCUGAGGUUGCCUCGGCUGCUGCGACCGAUGAUCUUGUUAAAGCUGAAUAACGAUAAAUGUCCAUAAGCUGGGCUUACAAAUAAUUGCUUAGUCCAAGUACUUAAAUUUAUAAUAACUUAUGAUUAAUUUAUUAAAAAAUAGAUUAAUUAAUUCGGUUGAAUGCUUAAAUGCUAAUUUUUUUUUUUUUUUUGUUUUACCAAACUUCAUUCCUAAUUCAACAUUCCAAUGUUGCAACAAUUAACUUAAGUCAGUUUUUAAAUUUGCUUCCAUUGAGCUGUGUAUUUACAAAAGAAGAUAUAUAUUUUAAACUUAGAGCAAUAAUAAUUCAAUUAUAUUAUAACAUAGCCUCAAGUUGAUAAUCUCAGUUUUGGUAAAUUUUUUGGUCUCUGAUUUGUUAUAUUUUUUGUUACAAUUAAAUUAAUUUUGUAUUAGGAAUGAAUAUGAUGAUAAAUAUUUAUUAGACUUUGAGUUGUCUUUCAAUAUGUGUUCUAAUUUAUUUUGUUGCCUAAAGUUACAACUAAUAAUUUUUUACCAUCCAAUGUUCAGUCAUAGCAGCACUGAUCCAUGGUUUAAACAAUCUAUUAUUUGAUUUCAGAAUAUAGUGAUUAUAAUUGUUUAUUUUUAUAACGACUUACAUAGUAUUUAUACAUAUUAAUUUUGUUAUUUAUGGAUUAUUUUUAUUUUUGAAACUAUUUUAUAUCCAAAAAUAUAUUUACCUUAUAAAUUAUUUAUUUAUUUACCAAAUAUAUAGUUGCUGUGAACAAUCAUUAUUACCAAAAAUGUAAUAAUUUAACUAAACUUAAGACUCAUGUUAAUUGAAAAAAAAAAACAUAUUUUAAUUUUUAAUACAUAUUGAAAGAUGGCUAAAUAUGUGAAGAUUUUGCUAUAUUUUCUGUAAUUUUUUGAAAAAAUUCCAUUUAAAAUUUAAAUGGCAUUUAUCAAACAGAAUGUUAACUGCAUAAAUUAUAUAGUUUUGAAGCAAUGGUGAUGUCUAUUAUAAUUAAGAUAUAUUUUUUUUUAUAUAAAUUGUUUAUGUAUUGUGAUAGGUUUAAGAACAUUAUGUCCAAAAUAAUAAUUUUUAAGGUUUUGUCAUAUAAAAUUAUAAAGAAAAGUUAAAAAUAAAAGAUAAAAUAUUUUAAAUAAAGUUUAGUGA